CGACAAACAGCCUUCGGAUAUGAGUUACCCUUGAUCUUACGGUCUCGAAGGAGAAAAUAGAGCUCAAUUCGCCCUUUGAACAAGCUCAAACGAGCGAUUUCUUCUCGGGCGCGCGCAGAAAAUCGAGAGAGAGAGAGAGAGAGAGAGAGAGAGAGAGAGAGAGAGAGAGAGAGAGAGAGAGAGAGAGAGAGAGAGAGAGAGAGAGAGAGAGAGAGAGAGAAUGGCAGAGACGCCGUCGUUGCCGUCGUUCUCAUCGAGGUUCAGGAGGAUCUGCGUGUUCUGCGGAAGCAGCUCAGGGAAGAAAUCCAGCUAUCAGGAAGCCGCUAUCCAACUGGGACAAGAACUGGUGGAGAGAAGGAUUGAUUUGGUGUAUGGAGGUGGGAGCGUGGGAUUGAUGGGUCUUGUUUCUCAGGCUGUUCAUGAUGGUGGGCGCCAUGUUCUAGGGGUAAUUCCGAGGACUCUUAUGCCAAGAGAGAUAGCUGGUGAUACUGUUGGGGAAUUAAGGACUGUGUCCGACAUGCACCAAAGGAAAGCCGAAAUGGCCCGUCAAGCCGAUGCAUUCAUCGCCCUUCCAGGUGGCUACGGGACCCUUGAGGAGUUGCUUGAAGUCAUUACCUGGGCUCAGCUCGGCAUUCACCGCAAGCCCGUGGGUCUUUUGAAUGUGGAUGGGUACUACAAUUCUCUGUUGUCUUUCAUGGACAAGGCCGUUGACGAAGGCUUCAUCUCGCCCAGCGCGCGUCGCAUCAUUGUGUCCGCUCCGAACGCGAAAGAAUUGGUCAGGCUGCUCGAGGUAUACGUCCCGCAAUGCGAAGACGUGACGUCCAAUCUCGUGUGGGAUGAGGUGGACAGGCUGAGUUACGUGCCUGAAUCGAGCGUCACCACGUGACGAGACAAGUGCUAACUAUUGUUUACUCCGAAGAAGUAAAUAU